GUCUAUCCUACUAUUCUAUCCUACGACGGGUUCCUACCUGAAGGUUGACCCAAAAUUCCCUUGCUCAAGGGCGCUCCAGCUGAUCCCGUCGCAAACCAUGCCCAGCGUCCUUCGCAUCACUCCACUGGCAGCACUUCAGGAGCUUCACGGUGGCUGAGUUGCGACCUGAUCUAUCCGGAUCGUCUCCAAGAACACAGACAGGCAUUGCUACAUCGCAAUCUUCUGAGUGUCUUCAUCCGGCCGCAUUAACUCCAGGAAAACGAACCAGCAUAAUACUAUAUCAUCAACGUCGACGCUCGCUAAAGCGCCAUUGGCACCCACGCUACAUCAUGACAUCCACCCCCAAAAGCUCCCUUGAUAGCGAGGAGCGCGCAUCCAACGCUUCCGAACCCUCAUCCCAGAAUUCACACACCUCGUCCACGGCUGACAGUCCCCGUCGGAAGUCGAUUCAAUUCAACUUUGGCGGGGCCGAGCCACAGAGUCACCACCGUCGGUCUACGAGCGCCGUCGGCGGGCGCCGGCCACAACAACCAGAAGCGCAAGACAAAGAACAGAAAGCCGCUGGGAGAGGUCAUUCACCUCCGCCUCCUCAAACUUACGAGAGAGGUGUUUCUUUCAAUACAUUCGAUAAUCCUGACGCGGCAGACUUCUCGUUAACUCUGAACUACAAACACAAAGGGUAUCAGUGUACCCGGCGCAGUCGGACCUUUUUGUGCGGCACGGAUCAGAAUGAUUAUUCCGACUUUGCCCUGGAGUGGCUCAUUGACGAAUUGGUGGACGAUGGCGACGAGAUCGUCUGUCUACGGGCCGUGGAAAAGGACUCCACGAUUGCAAGUGAUGCCGCAAUCGAGGAAGGGAAGUAUCGCCAAGAAGCGGAGAAGUUGUUCGAGCAGGUGAUCCAGAAGAAUAGUCAGGAUGAGAAGGCAAUCAGCUUAGUCUUGGAGUUGGCGGUGGGGAAAGUCCAGGAUAUCAUUCAGCGCAUGAUCCGGAUCUAUGAGCCUUCCGUACUGAUUGUUGGCACCCGUGGCCGUAGCCUGGGCGGCGUACAGGGCCUGCUGCCCGGCUCCGUCUCCAAGUACUGCUUACAGCAAUCUCCAAUUCCGGUGAUCGUGGUCCGUCCCUCCACCAAGCGGGAAAAGAAGAAGAAAAAGCGCCUUGCGGAUCCCACCCGCCGCGGCUAUAAUCAUAUCCUAGAAUUGAGCGAGCAGCGUGGAAGCAAGUUAUUCGACGCAGGUUCGAGUACGGACAGUCACGUCUCAAAGCUUCCGGACGAAGAAGCUGCGGUAGCCGCAGCUCUCGGCCUGCCUCAGUCGUACGCCAACUCCCGAAGUUCGCUCUCAAUGUCCGAGCGGAGCAGUGUUAGCCAUGAUGAGAAUGAAUCGCCACCAUUGGGAGACGGCUCCCCGGGCACCAGCCACAGCCCAGCGGCAGGAAGCCCGGAGAGCACCGAGAGCGAAAGCACAACGGACGACGAACCUGGUCCGCAGACCAAAGAUGCAUCCGGGGGCUCGUCGUCGGAGACGGCAUCUACGGAAGAGUCCAAGACGGCGGAUGCAACGUCGACAGAUGAGUGCGAGCUGACCAGCUCCAAUCAGAGUACACCAAGGCCAGGUAGUUCCAAACUAAACAUCCCGGUCAUUGUCACUGAAGAUAUGACCGAGAAGGGAGCAAAUGGCCAGUGAGCCUGACGCUACUCCAACGAGUUACUACAAUGUACCAUUUCAGAACUCAUCAGGAAAAGGGUUCUAGCCCUAUGUAUUCCCAUGAGAAAUCAUACCAUCGCACCAUCAGCCAACCAGGUCAUAACCUCGUCACAUAAUCAAGGGCUACAUACAUAUAAGAAGUCCAUGGCUACAUGAUCACCAUGCCGAUGCAUUACCUUCAUACAAAGGAAGCACAUACACCAUCUCUACUCUCAACGGACCACCAUGUGCAUAUCUGACUAUGUCUCUACUUCCUCACGUACUGAGGCCAAUCUCACUUGCAGGGGCGCCUACGCUAUCCAUCAUGAAACAGAAUCGAUUACAAGCCUUGGUCAAUAAGGUAUUAAUGGGAAUCAUUACCCCAAUGCUUAACCUCAAACCCCACUCCAAUCCAAUAAUUUCAAACAUACAUCAUACACCGACAGGCACAAGCAUCAGCAGCAGCAUCAGCAUCAGCAUCAAGACCGCAGAAAUAGAUCUCGCAUCUAUGCAUAAAUCAUAAAUAGAUAAACAAUACACGAAUAAACUGUUCAAUUCAUAUCGAGAAAUAACCCAAAGAAAACCUUCCAUGCAUACCCAAGUAGAAUACAAAUAUCCUCGACCUAAC